UCACUGACCAGCAGCUAUGUCCAUGGCACCUCCUCCAUGUCGCUGCUCCCCCUGACUGUAGGUCAGUGUCUGGACUCCAUAGUCCAGCGCUGGCCUGACCGUGAAGCGGUGGUCUUCCUUCAGGAUGGCAUCCGGAAAACCUUUGUGCAGUUUCAGCAAGAUGUUGACAAGGCGGCUGCAGGUCUGCUUGCUUUGGGCCUGAAGCGAGGCGACAGGCUGGGAGUCUGGGGACCCAACAUGUACGAGUGGAUCCUUUUCCAGUUUGCUUCAGCCAAAGCUGGAAUUAUACUGGUGUCAUUGAACACAGCCUAUCAGGUGAAGGAAGUGGAGUUUACUCUAAAAAAGGUCCAGUGUAAAGCUGUGGUCUGCCCUACCCGCUUUAAAACCCAAAACUUCUGUGAGAUGCUGAGGGAGCUCUGCCCAGAGCUCGACAGGACGCCAGUAGGCAUGAUCAAAAGCCCCAGGUUGCCAGACUUGCGUAUGGUGAUAGUGACAGAUAGCAGACAGCCAGGGAUGCUCCACGUAGAGGAUGUGAUGCAAGCAGGGGAGAGUCAGCACCAUAAAGAGCUGAUGAUGGAUCUGCAGAGCAAACUGUCCUUCGAUGAGCCUAUCAACAUUCAGUUCACAUCAGGGACGACAGGGAGUCCAAAAGGAGCCAGUCUUUCCCACCACAAUAUUGUUAACAAUGCUUAUUUCAUAGGUCUCCGAAUGGGUUUUGCACAGAGACCUCAGGUGCGAGUGUGUGUGCCUGUUCCCAUGUACCACUGCUUUGGCUCUGUGUUGGGAGGGAUGUGUAUGGCAGUGCAUGGCAUCACACUGGUCUUCCCUUCCUCUGGCUACAAGAGCCGAGCCAACCUGGAGGCCAUUCAGAGUGAAAAGUGCAAUUUCAUCUAUGGCACUCCCACAAUGUUCACCGACAUGCUUAGCCAACAAGAUUUACACAAAUAUGAUUUAUCAUCAAUUGAAGCUGGUCUCAUGGGCGGUUCACUGUGCCCUCCUGAGAUUGUGAGAAAACUGAUAACAGACAUGAACGUGAAAGAGAUAAUGAUCGGUUAUGGAUCCACUGAGAACAGCCCCGUCACAUUUCUGGGGUUCCCACAAGACAACGAAGACCUGAAAAUAAAUACUGUUGGAUGUAUCAUGAGCCACACUGAGGCUAAAGUGGUGGACCCUACUACUGGGAACAUUGUCCCUCUGGGGGCCUCAGGAGAGCUGAUGAUCAGAGGCAGCUGUGUGAUGCAUGGAUACUGGGACGAUCCUCAGAAAACCAGAGAGGUUAUCUCCCAAGACCGCUGGUACAGGACUGGUGACACGGCCAGUCUGAACAGUUUGGGAUACUGCCGCAUUGAAGGACGCAUAAAGGACAUGAUCAUCCGAGGAGGGGAGAACAUCUACCCCGCUGAGAUAGAGCAAUUUCUCUAUACACAUCCUAAAGUGCAGGAGGUACAGGUGGUUGGAGUGAAGGAUGAGAGGCUGGGCGAGCAGGUGUGUGCCUGCAUCAGGCUGAGGGAGGGCCAGACCUCCAGUCCAGACGAGAUAAGAGCAUUCUGCAAAGGCCAGAUUUCUUACUUCAAGAUCCCACACUAUGUGAACUUUGUCGACAGCUACCCUCUGACAGCCUCUGGAAAGAUCAAGAAGAACACAUUAAAGGAGGAAAUGGAGAUGAAAUUAGGCCUUUAAUUUUGUCUGAGUGAAAACUGGUAAUUAUAUUAAUAAGUGGUGUCCCUUUUAAUUAACAGGUAAAAGAACCCAUGGUCUGUAGGUUGCACUGCAGGCCCAAUCAUGUAAAGCUGCAAUCAAACUAACAGUUUGUUUAGUAUGUGGAUAUUUGCAAAU